UGGACGCAGCAGCUGCAAUUGUUUACAUUUCUGCUCGCGCAAAAUACAUCUUCUCCUAAUUCAAUUUUAAAAAAUGCAAAAAAAUGCGUUUGCGUGGCCGCAUUGCGUAUAAGUUUUUAACUUUAAUCGUAGCCGUUGUAAUUGUGGUAAUAAUUUGUAUAGAUUACUUUGCCCCGGGUGAGAAAAGAGAUGAAUUCCUAACACAUCUACCCCCACUGGGAAAGGACCUUUCACAAGAACAGGAAACUCCAAAAAAUGAAGUGUCUGGCUUAGAUUUAAGUCAGCUAGUGAAUUUCACGAGCUUUAAGUAUGAAACUCCCAAUAAUGUGUGUCGCAAGUACGAUAAGGAACUGCUGGCUAUUAUAAUCGUCACAUCGUAUGCAGGUCAUGACGAGUUGCGCGCUGCCCAUCGCCAGGCUAUACCACAAAGUAAGCUGGCUGAAAUGGGUAUGCAGCGCGUCUUCUUGCUGGCGGCACUUCCGCCCACCGAAAAGUUUAUCACACAAAAGCAGCUAUUCGACGAGCAAGAACGUUUUGGUGACCUUCUGCAGGGUAACUUUCAGGAAGCUUAUCGCAAUUUGAGCUACAAGCAUGUAAUGGGACUACGCUGGGCCGCCACCGAAUGUAGCCGUGCUAAAUUCAUCAUUAAAAUUGAUGAUGACAUUAUUUAUGAUGUCUUCCACUUUCGACGCUACUUGGAGUCGCUUGAGGUACAACAACCGAAUCUAAUUGCUUCGCCUAUAUAUCUAGCCGGUUAUGUGCUCAGUGACAGGCCGCCUGUACGUAAUACCGUGAACAAAUGGUACGUUUCGAAGCAAGAUUGGCCAAAAGACACUUAUCCAGCCUACCUUUCUGGCUGGCUAUAUAUAACGAAUCCAGUGACAGCUUUGCGGCUAGUACAAGAGGCACAAAAAAAUCCUUUUUUCUGGAUUGAUGAUACAUGGGUGACAGGAAUUCUUCGUGAGAAAUUAAAUAUACCGGUGCAACCCUUGAAUGCUUGGUACUCGGCAAAUGCGGAGUUUAUUGACUGCUGUGUACGCGAUUUGAAACAGCAGAGCAGCUACGAGUGUGAAUAUUUUGUGGGACCCAAUGGCGGGGAUACCAAAAUGCUGGUCGAGUUUUUACAUAAUGUAGAGAAGUGCUACUUUGAUGAGUGCAGCAAACGACCACAGGAAAAGUCACUAAAGAAGACUUGUAUUGGAACUGCAAAGCACUUACUGCCUGACCAUGGUAGUGUGCAAGUGAAGCAAGUGCCUCUAAGAUGAUAAAGAAAGCAGCCAGCUGAAAAUUUUAUAACCCUCAUCACAUGCAUUAAAUGCCCGAUGUCUCAACAAGGGUUAACUUCCGUCCCUUCGUCCCUUUUUAUCAAGGCAUAUACUCAAUUAUAGUUUAGAAAAUAGUUUAGAAUUAUCUUGUGUUUACAGAGAACGUCGUAUUAUUUUCGAUUAAGUACA